AUGCGGAAUUAUCAACUAAUUGGCAGAAAGGGGAGGCCCGCAGGUCGAAGGAAAACAGUCGAGUACCCCAAUGCCCAUCUUCAUUCGCUCCCCACGGAGAUCUUGACUCGGAUAGUGGAGAUCGUUGCCGACGACACCAGGAAUUUGCUUGCGUUGGCGCUCACGUGCCACAGGUUCCACGGCAUCAUAUGCAAGAACUUUCUCUACAACUCGGCCGAGUUCAAGUCCCCAUCGGGAUUCUUCCGGUUCACGGGCCAGCAUUUGAGCCACGAUACCAGCAACAAGAUCAACUACUUGCAGACGGUGCGGUUUGUGAAUCCGCAAGUACCAGAUUCAUCCAAGUACAAGACCAAGAUUGCCGGCAGUUACGCUGUCGAGUCAAACACGAGACUCACUGAUAGCUUAAGCUACUCCGAGUUCAUCAAGUCGUUGGGCACGCUAUUUGCCCACUCCUAUGGGUUGCAGUGUCUUGAGUUCACCGAGAUUGCGCCCGAGUUUGCAUUCCCCGGGGAGCUCAAGGCCAGACACGCCAGCAUUUUCAAGAAGAAAAUCACAAAGACAAAGAGACGACUAAACAAGUUGGUGCUCAAAUCUCAAACUGGCUGGUCGAUACCGCUACGAGACGUCCACUUGUCGCUUGUUUGCAAGUACUUUGACGUGAUCAACGAGCUCGUGCUUGUCAAUUUCAUUAUAACAAACCCAAUAAACUUGGACAUUGCCAUCAAUAAAGUCACGUUUGACUCGUGUUCGUAUCUGUCGACAAGCUCGCGGCCGUCGAGCUCUGCUUUCAAAGACGUGGCUGCGUUGGAGUUGCUUCGAAUGCCGAGCUCAAAAGAGUUGUCCUUGAUUGACCUCGUCAAGCUCGACGCUCAGAAGUUGAACACGUUGACCAUUGAUCUUUCCUCGAGCAUGUUCUACACGGGCAAGGAGUUUAAUUUUACUCGGUACAACCCUUUUUUCCGCUUAUUGUGCUCCCGCGAGGGCGGGUAUGCUCGCUUGUCGACCCUUGUGCUAACGGAUUUUGGCUUGUUCACCUAUUUGCAACAUGAGGAUGUCCAUAGCCAGAACCGCGACUCGUGGAUUGAGCCACCAACCAAUAAUUUCGAGACGUUUAUCAAAUACGUGUCGAACAUGGCCAACCUUGUCAUUGUGCUUAAAAGGACUCCCGUCAAGAUCCAAACGUGCAAAAAUUGUGGUUUCAAAGAGCAGCUGCGGGACAAGGCGAUUGAAACCUUGACCAGCCAAGAAUGGGAACACUUUUUGUCUCCCUUGGAGUUUCACAACAACUCGCUUCGAAUUGAACUGUACAAAGGUAUUCCAUUAUACACAGUGUCAAAACACAACUAG